AUGGCAUCUAUUCGAGCCAAUUGCCGGAAGGUGAUGUGCAUCGGCCGAAACUAUGCUGACCACAUAACAGAGCUCAACAACGUUCGCCCAAAGCAACCAUUCUUCUUCCUCAAACCACCCUCUUCCAUCCUCCUCCCGAACAGCGGGCCCGUUCUGCGCCCCAAGGGCGUGAGCCUACAUUAUGAAGUCGAGCUCGGAUUAGUUAUAGGCAAGACGCUUCGUGACCAUGACCCGGCAGACGAACGUGGCGCUUUGGACGCCAUAUCAGCAUACACCCUCGCCAUCGACCUAACAGCGCGCAACAUCCAAGACGCCUCCAAAAAGGCCGGGUUACCCUGGUCCAUCGCCAAAGGCUUCGACACUUUCCUCCCCAUCUCCGCUGUGAUUCCAAAAUCCUGCAUCCCAGACCCGCACAACGCUACUCUCCACCUCUCUGUCGAUGGCCAGCUGCGCCAGCGCGAUAACACCAACCUGAUGCUCUAUCGAGUCCCGCGCCAGCUAGCGGAUAUCUCGCGUGUGAUGACCCUGGAGCCGGGGGAUUUGGUGUUGACGGGCACUCCAAAAGGUGUGGGUGAGGUUCGGGAUGGGCAGGUUAUGACGGCGGGCAUUGAGGUUGGGGGGCGGGAGGUUGAGGAGGGGAAGAUUGAGGUUGUGGUUAGGGAUAGGGUGGAUGGAAGAUAUGAGUUUGCGGAGUUUUGA